AUGGACUUUAACAAUAACUCAUCACCAGCCAACUCACCCUCUUCAUCAAAGUCCAAAAGAAAGGCACAGCCACAACAACAACAACAACAACAACAAACACCACUACAAAACCAACAAGGAGAAGCAUUAAGGUUUUUGGGAGUAAGAAGAAGGCCAUGGGGUAGAUAUGCAGCAGAGAUAAGAGACCCUUCAACAAAAGAGAGACAUUGGCUCGGCACAUUUGACACUGCAGAAGAAGCAGCUUUAGCUUAUGACCGAGCCGCUCGGUCCAUGCGAGGUUCAAAAGCUCGUACCAACUUUGUUUACUCUGACAUGCCUAGAGGCUCCUCUGUCACCUCUAUUAUCUCUCCUGACGAAACACAUCAUGAAAUCUCACCUCUCUUCACUCCUGCCCUUCAACACCACCAACAAAAUGACACAACCAACAACACAAACACCACCACCACAGAGCUCUUCUUCACACAGGACCCUUUCAAUGCUGCAUGUCCAUUUUCUGGGUGGGCUCAAGGGAAUACAACAACUUUGGGUUCUUAUCAGCCCAUUACUGGUAUUAUGGACACUGACACUGGGCUUUCACACUCACAGACUUACUCUGAUAGCACUCAGCUACCACCCUUGCCUCCUGAUGCGUCAUCAUCUUUUUAUGGGUCUGGACUAUUGGGCUCCGAUAUGGGACAAGGAGUUUGGACUGACACGAACUUUUUUGGGUUUUCUGAGGAUACUACAAAUGGGCUUGACUCUGCACUUACUGGGCCGUACUUGGGUUUUGAUUCUAAUGAAUUUGUGCAGCACAGCCCACUCUUUGGGAGGAUGCCACCUGUCCCAGACACUAGUACCACUGGAUUUGAUUUGGGUUCAUCAUCUGCUUUCUAUAAAAGUAUUGGGUAA